GUGGUCUUCAGAAAACAUUCCGGGAAAUUUAUCCCUAGACCCCUAUUUACGGCUCCCAGUAGUUUUUCUCUAGAAACAGCCCUACAAAAGUCUGGCCAAGUCUUGAUGCCGGAUAUCUGCUGACAACACAAUGGGUAAAGAGUUCUAAAGUGUAACGUCACUAAACCCCAUUUUUUAGAAUUUUUGAAUUUUAACCACAUGACAUAAAUAUAACUAUAAAAUUCUUCCAAAUAUGCAAAAUCAGUCAAAUAUGUAUAAAAUCGGUAGAGAUCUUUUUAAUGAAGGAUUUGAAGUUUGCAACGAAUCAUGGUCAUUUUGGCUCUUUUCAGAAAGUUAUGGACAGAGCCCAAAGUAGAUGUGGAAAGAGGUUUGAUGGGGAAAGAGCCAGUACACAUUUGACCAUAUUUCAGGCAGUUCGUAAUACCUGUAACUGAUUUUGCACAUUUAGAGGUAUUUUAUGAUGCUCUUUCAGGUUAUCGGAUCCAAAUUCAAAAAUUCUAAAAAUAGAUGUUUGUGACGUCAUCACUUUGGUAUUCUAUUGUACGGAAAUGAGUCGACAACUCACAAAAAGUUUUUUGCGGUUUGUUGUCUUUCCGGCAAAGCUAAAAACAAUUUAUAUUUUUACGAGAUCGAGGGUUCGCGCGAUCCUACGUUUCCAAAGUUUACAGUUUUACCAAAGUAAUCCAUCAGUAAAGAGGUACCAUGAUGAAAAUUUGAGCGAAGUUAUUUCAGAUUCAAUAAUGUGGUACACAAAUUCGACGUCAGUAUUUUGUGUUACAGAGAUAUCGGCCAUGACGAGUAAAUAAAACAAUCGAAAUAUAAUGAAACAAAUUUUUUAAAACCCGUAAAAUACUUUCUUGAAUGCAGGAGUGGAUGCACUGCUUUUUUAGAUAAUUGGCCCUAAGAGCAAAGAGGGUGGUUUUUUUAGAUCAGUGGGGUAAAAGAGCCGGAAACUGCGUAGGAUGACCCCUUCCUCGUUCGCAAGCGAGGUUGAUAAAUUUUCUCAUUUGGAGAAGAAGCGGAACAAAAGGAAACGUAAUCAGGUAACAAAACAAGGCUGGUAUUAUUGGAAGUAAACUUAUAUUCUUGGAAGUAUUCCACAAUCUUUUUGUUGCUGAUAUUCGCUGUUGUUUUAUGAUAAUAACGUAAUCACAUGUUUGCCGUGGAUUGUCAGUCAACGCUUGGAAAUUGCUGCUGAUUCUGUCUCACAGUUUGGUGAAAUGGUUGUUUUGUCAAAAAUCGCAAGCUCGAUAUUUUCGCUUGAUGCCAUACACUAUCGAUAAAUAUUCACAGUGACGUUCUGAUUAACAACGAAGUCUGGUGGAUAAAAUGGAAAUAUUUGGUACUUUCGGUGCUAUUUUAACAGUUUCGCUUGUUUUGACAGCAGUAUUGCCAACGGAAACCGUGUUUACCAUCGAGAGGAGAGUGACAAGGAAAACAACUUUACCUUACCCUUCAGCUGAUAAAUUUGCAAACCCUUCUAGGAAUUUUUUAGGAUUUUGCUCAUCGAGUGGCUGCUCCGUUAGAGGUGCAAAGUGCUCUGGUCGCCUUUUUAGUAGCACACGUUGUUGUGUUUGUGAAUGCCGUGGACAUGUUCCAAAUUUCUAUUCGGUGGGAAAAGGCUGUUUGAGAAUUCCAACUUUGUUGAGAACUGAAGGAGCAAGUUGCUUUUUUAAUCUCCAAGGGUCUGGGUCAUCAUACAUUCCUACAUUGACAAGUUACACUGACAUAGAAUCGGGAAAAAUCAUACUUCAGCCUAAAUUCCCAUCAUUGGCAGAGGUUCUAGUGGAAGGACUCUGCAAAGCCACAACUAUAUAUUAUUACAACAGACAAGGGAGAAAGAUCAAAUUGAUUGAUAAUUAUUGCUCAGAGGUGAUUUCCUUGAAAAAGAGAGUGACAGAAGAUGGGGAGACACAGCAUGUAUUUGUGUGGGAGUGGAAGCAUGACCCCAACACAAUCUGGCGCAAGCUGCAGGGGAAGUUACUGAGUAUGGAUAUUACAUGCAAAGCAAGAAGAGUCGCAUCGCAUUGUUUACUCUUUAAAGUUGGUGGUUCUUAUAACGAUGACGCCAAUGAAAACACUGUGGAAUCUCCGAAGACGUGUCCUUCCAAAAAGUCUCCUUCGUCAACGAAAAUAACAACUACAGUAUUAAAAAGGACAACAAAACUCCGAACCACAAGUUUAACGUCGACAACAGGAACACAGUCUAUUGUAACAACAACCAAGUCAGUUAUCCAACCUCCCGCUUCCCUUCCUGAUACGAAAUCAACUGCUGUUCCUGACUCUCAUUCUUCUGGCUCACCUCUUGUUCCUGACUCACCUCCUAUUCCAGUUGCACAAGCCUCAACUAGAAAACCGAGGACACCAAGUACAGAAACCAGAGAAGGCCAGCGGGGGUCAUCCAAAGGCAAACAAAGUGACACUGGAUCAAAACACAAUGUAAACUGGCUAGUCACUGGCUUGAUCAUUGCAGUCGCUGUUCUUUUUAUCAUUCUUGCUGCCUCGCUUUCAGUCCUCGUCAGAAAGAGAUGCAAGAAGAAAGCAAGUGGAAGAAACAUUUCGAUGAUGACAAAUGUUUUAUAUCACAACGGAACCCAGGGACCACACUACGAGGAAGCAAAAAUCAUUCCUCCAAGACCUACUUGCCAAGCCGAUGACGAUGUUGUCAAGAAAGGCUUUGAUGAUUGCAACUUGUACGAGAGUAUCGAUAAUAUAGAUCUGGUUGGCUUGAAGGGCGCCUCCGCUCUUACCUACGAUUAUGCCACCGCAGACGCCAAAGUGGAGCUCCCUGAAAAGAAAGAUAACAACGAACAGUUGACCGUACCUCGAAGAAGGGCAGCAAUGAACAAGUAUGAUGUGCCAGGACAGAGCCGUCCAAAAGCUGACCAGCCCUCUGCGAUGGCGGAUCUAACUCCAGAGGAAUACGCUGAUAUGAGCCAGGGCUCCUUCUCAGAGUCAUCUCCGCUCUGCCCUACAGGAGCAGCUAAAGAGUACGAGAAUAUUGAUGAUGAUGACAAUGUAGAUACGUCACUGCCGAUUCGCGAUGAGGUGUAUGAGGAUAUGGGACUCAUACCAGAACAGGCACCACUAGUUCCAGAAAGGUAUGUCGAGCCAGCAAAGUUUGUAGCAUAAAGAUCAUUCAACUACAGAAGAAUAGGAAUCAAGGUUAAUCCAAUUUCGUGACCCAUUGUAUAGAACUGCUUGCUCAAAACGGAAUACAUUGAUAGUACUUUUCGGAACAAUGUUUUAUAGAAACUUAUGUGCUUUUGUUUGCUUCAAAAAGAUAAUCUCAUCAACACAUGGAUAUUGAAUCGUCAGAGAGAAGACUGGGUAAGCAUUUUUUAUGAAAGAUAAAAAUUAAAGAAGAAAUUGGAAGACUGAGUGAAAAUUUGGAUAAGAUGUGUUACAGAGUUCAAGUGCAUGCCGAGUUAUCUGUCGACAAAGUGGCUGACAGACAUCUAAAAACGUUUCUGAAACGAUCAUCUUUUUUAACUCAAAUCCUGUUAAUAUCGUCAUCAUCAUAAAGAUUUAAUAAGAUGUCUUUUAUGAAAGAGAAAAAGUAUUGGAAGAAUUAAAUGUUAGUUGAAUGGAAAGAUGCAAAUGCCAACCGAGUUAGCGUUGUCUUGAUGAUUGAAAUUUAACUAAGAGGCUGUCAGCUUCAUUCAAUCCUAGCUACAGAGUUUAUAAAAAGGUUUUAGAAUUGUUUAGAAUGUUUUAGCCAACAUGGAAAGACCGAAAUCUUUGUAAAAGAAAGAUUUGUUUAUUGAGCCAUAUUUUUUUAUUCGUUAGUCUAAUAUUGAGGUGGUAAUUGUUUGAUAAUAGUUUAUGCAUUUUAUACAUUUUUAUACUCUUGUGUCGUUUUGAUAAUAGUAGUUAGCAUAUAAAUAUUAAUAUCUGAUACUCAGAAACAGCAUUUAUAAUGAAAUGGACCGUUUUAGAGAUUUGUGCUUGUAUUAGGUUGAUCAAAGUUGAAUCAGUCCUAAUUUCGUCAAGACCAUAAGUUGAAUUCAAAAUCUUGUCAGCACCCUUGUCUACCAGUAUUUUCCGAAAUUGUGUAAAGCAAGCAUUUUCUGUUGUCAGGUAAUCAAGCAAAAUCAAUUCAUUGCGAGGGUAUGAAUUUUCAUGGCACCUGCAUUGACUUGAGUUGCCUAUUUCUUACUUUUAUGGAAAUUUAUUUCACAUUGACAGCUUGAAACCUUUUUGUCUAAAAAACAGAUGUUCGUUGCAAUAAAAGUAACUUCAAGUUGGAUGGUAGAGUUUUCCACAAGUGCUGGUGCAGAUUAAUCCACAGCUCGGCAUCUUGUUAAAUUAGGAGCAAAAUUUUCUACAAGCCUAGUUGCUUAGUAUAGAUAUGCCUUUCGGACAAGGACGCUUUUUCCUACCAAUGGAAAUUUUAUUGCUGAGCUUGUAAUAACAUGAAUUUAACAGAAGAUUUUCCUGAGUGCUUUAUGAUAAAAUUUCCCGUUCAGUUUACAAAAAGAUGCAUUGUAUUUAGCUCCAACAAUUCGUAGGGGCAACACACUCCUCCUGCUCCAGUUAAGUAGCGUACUUUGAGCUUGGAAGCUCUAUAAUGGCCUAAUUCGAUCCAGUUGCGUGUAAUGCUCAGAUUUUUUGGUGCCGUGUAAUGCUCAAAUUCAUACUUUUUCAAAAGGGUUUCCAAGCUUUUGUUCAAGCAUUUGUAUUUUUGACAUUUUUCAGUAGAUAUUCAGCAAGAAUACAGUCUUAAAUAGAUGCUGCAUUUGUUUAUUUCAAGUCGAUUAUUUUAUUUAAUUGCUAAAAUUACGACGUUUUUCGUAUUUAAAUUUGUUUUCAUUUUUUUAGGUUUUUUUUCUAAUUUUGCAAUAUGUUAUUCCGUGUCGCUUAGUCAUAAUGUAGUCUGAAGGCUGUAAAUAAACUUUAGAACCUAGAGCGCUCGAUGCAUGGGUGGUAGCAAGAUGCCCUGGUCACAUACACGAUGCCUUUUGAACCCUUUUAGCUUUCUUCGUUGAAAAGGACCCAAGUUGCGUAGGUGACUCCUAUUUGCAAGGAGAAAUACUCUAGAGGCAGUCCUUUUGCGGAUUUGAAAUAAAUACUUAACUGAAAUGACAAAGGAUAUUGCACGAUUUGAUUUCAGCCUUUUGAAACACACAACAUAAGAAGUGAAUUUUGAUGUUCUAAAAUAUAUUGAAAACCGUUUUUAAAGGCUUCUGUUACAAUGAUUAAUGAUUCAUACAAUCAAAAAUCGAACCGCGACUUUACUUUUUCAUUUCCCCAGAUCAGUCCUCGUAAUUCCAUUUCCAGAUAUUUUUAUUACCCCCGAUUUUAAACCCGCAUCGUUUAAUCCACAUCCAUCUUGCCACGUCAGAAGACCUGAUUUAGGCUCGAUCAGCGAUAGUUUUCUUGCGCCUUUUGAAUAUUCUUUUUUUCAUCACUAAUUCAGCAUAAGGCCAUCAUUGGGCUUCUGGCCUAGGCACCGUGCUAUAGUUAUAGCCCAGGCAGUUACGCCAUCGUAAAAGUAGUAUUUUCUCUAGUGGUUUUUCAGUUUGACAGCAUUGCUUUGUGAUGCUGCAUUACUCUCUUUGCAGCCGCGUUUGGCAUUUAGGAUAAACAUCUGUCAUCUAUAUAUCUAUGCCCAAAGUACCAAAUACCCCAGUUUCCUUGGAAACUUUUGAGACCUAGAAAUCGCAAAACAAUUCAAAACUCCCAAUUGACAUAGGACAACCUUUUAAAUCACUCAAGAUGAGCCACUGAUCAUCGAUAACCACUUAUAAAAGCUGUCAUGUAAUCUAUACCUUAUCCUUGAAACCAAAAGAUGGACAUGUCUGACAGAAUCGCUGCUUCUGCUGUGACUCUUGUUAAUAAGUUCUACUUUCUAUUUGCUUCUAUUCGUCCAGCUUUCUGCUAUUGGCUGGAGUUAGCUGUACAAAGAAAGUUCACGCUAUUGUAUUUGGUAGAAGAUUCUAUAUUUUGUUAAAGUAGAUGUAGUAAAGGAUUUUUUAUUAUUGAGAUUAUUUAUUUGAUUUGUAGCACUGAA